AAGGCGGAGAAUGAGUAUAACUCUAAUGAAGUACGGCAACAUAAAGAUAAUCCGGGGUCUCUAUGGAAAAUAGUAAACCGUCUUAUACCAUCAAAAGGAAAAGAAAGACAAAUCUAUAAAGGAGGCCAUAAAUCUCUUGCAAAUGAUUUCAAUCAGUUUUUUUCAUCGGUUGGUGAAAAUGCAGCAAGGGCGUCUUCUCAUCUAGCAGAUACUAACAACAUCAAUCUACGAGAAUCAAUCGAAUCAGUCGUUAUAACUGAAAUCGACCAAUUUAAGUUUAGAGCCGUAACUUGCCACGAAGUACGUCGAGUAGUUUUAUCGUUACCUCUCAAUAAAUCAUCUGGUCCGGAUAAGAUUAACCCACGGAUCAUAAAGGACUGUCUUCCGGUCAUUUUGGGUCCUUUAACGGAAAUUAUAAAUUGUUCCCUUCGUACUUCUACUUUUCCUCUGGCAUGGAAAAAGGCAGAACUUAUUCCUAUUCAUAAAGAAGGUGACCACGAAGUACCCUCAAAUAAUCGACCAGUUUCCCUUCUUGUAGUCGCAGCUAAAGUCUGUGAAAGAUUAGCUCUUGAGCAAUUUAGCUGUUACCUAACAAGCAACAACCGACUAUCCUCCCACCAAAGUGGAAAUAAAAAACUUCACUCGACAGAGACAUUAAACGUUUUUAUCACUGACACCAUCUUAAAGGCCAUGGAUAAAAAGAAACUCUCAGCUCUAGUGUUGCUUGAUCUCUCAAAAGCAUUUGACAGUAUAAACCAUCAGAGACUACUUCAUAAACUAUCAAAUGUCGGAGCAUCCAAAUCAACAGUAAACUGGUUAAGAAGCUACUUAACAGACCGUUUCCAAUCAACCCGUAUUAACUCUACGUUAUCAGAUCCAUUACCGAUAACUUAUGGUGUACCUCAAGGGGCCAUUUUAUCGCCAUUGCUCUUUUGUAUAUACCUUAACGACCUACCCUGUGCAUCUUACAAUGGUGAUCUUGAAUCAUACGUUGAUGAUACGAAAACUUUGUUAUCGUUUCCUUUAACGGAAGCUGACACUGGAAUUAAAAAUCUGGAAGAAGACCUACAUAAAAUUGCGUCUUGGUGCUGUGAAAACAAUCUUUUGGUGAAUCCAGAUAAAACAAAAUUCAUGAUCAUUGGAACCAGGCAGCUGAUGAACGAACUUGAUGUCAAUAUUUCGAUCUCUUUUAUGGGGAAGAUUCUAGAACCUGUUGAUUUUGCCAAAGAUCUAGGACUUCUAAUGGACAGUCACCUAAGUUACGAUAAGCACAUAUCGAAUCUAGUGUCGUCCUGCCUUUAUAAACUGUGCCAGAUAAACAGAGUUAAAAAUAAUUUUGACAAGGGAACACUUACAAUGAUAAUCACUUCAUUAGUGAUCAGUAAACUGCUCUACUGUUCCACUGUAUGGUCAAAUACAACAUGCACUAAUAUAAAGAAACUUCAAUCUAUUCAAAACUUUGCAUGUAAAAUAAUCACAGGAUCCAAGAAAUACGAUUAUGUAAGCCCAUUACUCCAAAACCUUGAGUGGCUCACAGUUGACAAAUUACUCUAUUUCCGUGAUGCCGUAAUGACUUUUAAAUGCAUGAACAACUUAGCGCCGAAAUAUCUUUGUGACAUGUUUGAGAAACGAUCUUGUAUUCAUAAUCGGUCUACGCGGAACUGCAACUCAAUACAGAUACCAUUGUUUAAAACAGCGUCAGGGCAACGGUCAUUUGCUUUUAGAGGAGCUUCAAUUUGGAAUAACUUAGACACUGAGCUAAAGAAAUGUACAUCACUUAAGACAUUUAAAAGUCAACUUAAAGAACACUUACUGUCUACUUGA